CUUCACACCAACGUUUAGAAGCUCCUUCUUUCCAGGUGUAGCCUGAAGAGUGCAGCGACCGACUGUGCUUUCAGUAUCACGAAUCCGUCACUGAUCGCUUUCAAGCCUGCUCCCUCACUCGUAGAUUGCUCGUAGCAGCAGAGGGUGGAAAGGCGUUGAAGCCUGAUAAGGAACAAGCACACAUUCAGACAACGAUUUCAACGUCAUAGCAGCGAAACUAGGCAGGCGUGCUGAAGCGCCGAGGAAACAAGUUGAAGAACAGAGCAAGGCAGUAGUAUCUGCGCAAAAGACAAAUUGCAGCAAUCCAGACCAACUCGUUGGAGCUUGAACACUUGUCUGGCCCCACCCGUGCCAGCCAUGUCCGAACAAAGUCCCUCGGAUGGCACCCAUCCAUGGAGGCCCGUCUGCUCCAUCCUGGAUACGGACUUGUACAAGCUGACCAUGCAGCAGGCCGUGGCUCACCACUAUCCGAGCAAGAGAGUGGCUUAUCGAUUCACCAAUCGAUCCGCCGCAAUGAAAUUUACCCGCAAAAGCGUGGCCGUUAUUCAGCGCUGCAUCGACGAUCUUGCUGGCCUGUCGCUGGAUACUGAAGAGGAGGAAUGGCUGAAAAGGCGAUGCCCCUACCUCAAGCCAGAUUACAUCGAGUCGCUCGCUGCUUUCCGCUUCAAGCCCAAAGACCAAGUGACGCUAACAUUCGUUCCCGAACCAUCUGGAGAUGCAAAGCAAGAAGAGCAGGCGGAAGAGCUGGGCCAGAUCGAGAUGGACAUUCGUGGGCUUUGGAAAGACGUCAUUCUCUACGAAGUUCCGCUCAUGGCCAUCGUCAGCGAAGUCUACUUCUCCACCGUGGACAAAAUGUGGAGCAUGCGCGGUCAAAGAUUCCUUGCCAAGUCCAAAGCUGAACAGCUAGUCUCGGCAGGCAUUCGAUACUCCGAAUUCGGCACGCGAAGAAGAAGGUCUUAUCUGGCUCACAAGGUUGCGCUGCAAGGCCUGAUGGAGGGCUCACGGGCAGGUCCGGGCGCUCUGCUCGGCACCUCCAACGUGCAUUUUGCUCAGCUGUACGACCUUAAUCCGAUCGGAACGGUCGCUCAUGAAUGGAUGAUGGCCGUCGCUGCUCUGCACGGCUAUGAGCAUGCCAAUCUUCGAGCCAUGCAGCUCUGGGAUGAGGUGUACAGUGCACCGCAUUUUACUCCUGCUAAUCCUUCCCAAGACCUCACGAUAGCGCUCACGGACACCUUUAGCACUCGAGUCUUUUUCAGCGACUUACUUUCCAACGAAAAAGGACAAGAAAUCGCCCGUCGUUGGAGAGGUUUACGACAGGACUCUGGAGAUCCUGCGCAAUUCGUCAAGCGUACGAAGGAGGUGUAUGAUCAACUCGGAGUGGACAGCACCAAAAAGGUCGUCAUCUUUUCGGACGGACUUGAUGUGGCGCGCUGCUUGGAGUUGGCCAAGACGGCCCAAGACCACGGCGUAGGGUGCGGCUUUGGCAUCGGAACAAGCAUAACGAACGACUUUGCGUGUUUGGAAGAUCAAGAAGACCCGGAAGCGGAUGAUUAUGACGCAGCCCCCGCCUCCUCUGAGCACUCUCUUGCGCGAUCAAAAGCUCUCAACAUGGUCAUCAAGCUGCGUGAAAUCGAAGGCAAACCUUGCGUCAAGAUUUCGGACGACCUCACCAAGAACACCGGAGAUCCUGCAGAGGUUGCAGCGGUCAAGAGGAGAUUCCACUUGGAUGUGGUCCAGGACGCUAUCGAAGACGCAUAGACGGGAGAAUCUGCGGGUUGUGCGCACUACCUGCUUCACUUCUUUCACCUAGCCUUUCAGGCAUCACGCCCCUUGAAAGCUCAUGCGCGCUGAACCUCUCAGCCAAACAGUCAGAAUGCAGCGGGAUGCGAUUGGUGGAACGUCCUGCGAUUACAAGUGAUGCGCGGCCAUCGCGGCACAAAAUCGUCGGUGUGGCGAUGGGUCCGGGUCUGCACAAUCGAAAGCAUCAUGAACUGGUCUUGAGGUUACGGUGAGGUUGAGGGUCGACCUCCACAACCCUCUCCAGCAGCUUGUCAACGACA